GGCCCGGGCCGCUGGGACUCGGGGCUCCGCCGCUGGGAGCUCUGGGCCUCGGCGUGGGCGAUCCUGGGCUGCGCGGCCGGGUCCGAGCCCAGCUCUAGCUCUGGGUUGGAGGAUCCUGGCCGGAUUCGAUUGAUGAGAGGGAGGGGAGGGAAGAGUCUUCACGGCGUGACUUAGGGGUCCUGCUGGCUGUUGGGGUCCGGACCCGAGGGGCUGCGGCGCGGUGAGAAGAGCCUGCCUCCAGGGCAGAGCGUCAGGUUCCGCGAGAGCUUCGAGAAAGACAGCGUGGAGGGCUCUGACAGGACGGGAUCGCUGGGUGUCACAGUCCUGUGGUGCCACCUGUGCUCCCCACCCGCCCACUGCCCGGAGGAUGGAGGCCUUUCUCCAGCCCUACCUCUCCGGCGGGAGCAGCCUUUGAUUUGAGGCCUGCGGUGUUUGGCGGUGCACCAGGCAGAGACCCUGCAUAGUUACUGAUAUUCUAUUGUGACCGGGUCUUGCCUGUAUGGGAGCGUGGGCAUCUGCGCUGGUGUUGCUUUGACAGAAGCACUGAGACAGUCAUCUUUUUGUGUCGUGGCUGGGAGAGAUGCACGGGAACAAGCAGACAUGGGUGCAAAUAGCUAUGGGCAACUUGGCCUUGGCCAUAAGGAAGAUGUGCUUUUGCCUCAGCAACUGAGUGACUUCUGUGAACCUGGGCGUGUCAGGAGAAUCACAGGAGGAGGAGGCCACUCUGCUGUUGUCACAGAUGGAGGAAGCCUUUUUGUUUGUGGCCUGAACAAAGAUGGGCAGUUGGGGCUUGGUCACACAGAGGAUGUUUUAUAUUUUACUCCCUGUAAAUCCCUCCUUGGCUGUCCCAUCCAACAGGUGGCCUGUGGCUGGGACUUUACCAUUAUUCUCACAGAAAAUGGGCAGGUUCUAUCAUGUGGAUCUAACUCCUUUGGCCAGUUAGGAGUUCCUCAUGGGCCUCGAAGAUGUAUGGCUCCCCAGGCCAUUGAGUUCUUGAGAGAGAAGGUUGUUAGUAUUGCUGCUGGACUGAGGCAUGCAUUAGUUGCUACAGCAAGUGGCCUCGUGUUUCAGUGGGGAACUGGUCUGGCAUCAUCUGGACGGCGGUUGUGUCCUGGACAGAUUCUCCCACUGUUUUGGACAGCAAAGGAACCCAGCAGAGUGACAGGCCUAGAGAAUUCUAAAGCAGUAUGUGUCGUUGCCGGCGCAGGUCACUCAGCUUCAGUGACAGAUGCAGGAGAGCUGUAUGUUUGGGGAAGCAACAAGCACAGGCAACUGGCUUCCCAGGCUGCUUUCCUUCCUAUGCCCCAGAAAAUAGAAGCACAUUAUUUUCAGAAUGAAAAGGUCACUGCCGUUUGGAGUGGGUGGACACACUUGGUCGCUCAGACAGAAACUGGCAAGGUGUUUACCUGGGGCCGAGCAGACUAUGGUCAACUAGGGAGGAAGUUGGAGUCUUGUGAAGACUGGACACGGGAAAAGCAGGGUUCAUCCCUCCCCUGCUCAAGACCACAGAAGAGCACGCCUUCGUCUCUGCAGUGCUUAACGGGAGCAACUGAGGUCUCUUGUGGCUCAGAGCAUAAUCUGGCAGUGAUUGGUGGGGUGUGUUACUCUUGGGGCUGGAACGAACAUGGCAUGUGCGGGGAUGGCACCGAAGCCAACAUCUGGGUCCCGAAGCCCGUGCAGGCUCUGCGGUCAUCGUCGGGACUUCUUAUAGGUUGUGGGGCUGGCCACUCCCUGGCCCUCUGCCACCCGUCAGUCCUCCCUACACUGGGCCAGCACCCCAAGUUCACUGGCCCUUCCCCGGAUGCCACCGAGGACGCCAGAUCUCAGGAAGCCCUGGACAAUGAGAGAAACUGGAAGGAAAGACAACCAGAAACCUCUACCCAAAGUCGAUCUGACAAGUGCAGAAAUGGGGGGCUUGUGACAGAGACCCUUUAAUAAAGUGUUUUUUCUCACUCAAA